CGCGGACCCCGACGACGCCCCCUCCUCGGAGACCGCGCGCUCGGAGCCUCCCUCGAGGGUCGGGAGCGGCGCCCCGCGACUGCCCUGCAGGACUCCCCUCUGCUGGGACCUUUAGCGGCCCCUCCAACCUGAAAGCUCGCUCACUGACGCCAUGCGGUGGGCUCCGAUGCCCCUGUCUACACCGCCACCUCUGCUGCCUCCGCUGCUGCUGCUGGUGCUGGGGUGCGGGCCGAGGGCGGCCGCCGGUGGCGGCGCCGUAGGAGCAGCGGGCUACGCACCAGUGAAGUACGUGCAGCCCAUGCACAAGGGACCUGUGGGGCCGCCCUUCCGCGAGGGCAAGGGCCAGUACCUGGAAAUGCCUCUCCCGCUGCUGCCAAUGGAUCUCAAAGGAGAGCCCGGACCCCCUGGGAAACCUGGGCCUCGGGGCCCCCCCGGCCCUCCUGGCUUCCCAGGAAAACCAGGCACUGGAAAGCCAGGAUUACAUGGGCAGCCUGGCCCGGCCGGCCCCCCUGGCUUCUCCCGGAUGGGCAAGGCUGGUCCCCCAGGGCUCCCGGGCAAGGUUGGACCACCUGGGCAACCCGGGCUUCGUGGGGAGCCAGGGAUACGAGGGGACCAGGGCCUCCGGGGGCCUCCCGGGCCCCCUGGACUCCCUGGGCCCUCAGGCAUUGCUGUCCCUGGGAAACCAGGCCCCCAGGGGGUGCCCGGGCCACCAGGAUUUGGGGGGGAGCCAGGGCCUCAGGGGGAACCUGGGCCCCCCGGUGAUCGAGGCCUCAAGGGGGAUAAUGGGGUGGGUCAGCCAGGGCUGCCUGGAGCCCCAGGACAAGGGGGUGCCCCUGGACCCCCCGGCCUGCCUGGUCCAGCUGGCUUGGGCAAACCAGGUUUGGAUGGGCUUCCUGGGGCCCCUGGAGAUAAGGGUGAGUCUGGCCCUCCCGGGGUGCCAGGACCCAGGGGGGAGCCAGGGGAAGUCGGCCCAAAGGGGCCCCCUGGGAUCGAUGGUGUGGGGAUCCCGGGGUCAGCAGGAGUGCCAGGGCCACAGGGCCCAGCAGGGGCCAAAGGAGAACCAGGGACCCGAGGCCCCCCUGGUCUCAUAGGCCCCACUGGCUACGGGAUGCCAGGACUGCCAGGCCCCAAGGGAGACAAGGGCCAAGCUGGGGUUCCAGGGCUCUUGGGAGACAGGGGCGAGCCAGGUGAGGACGGAGAGCCAGGGGAACAGGGCCCACAGGGCCUCGGGGGCCCUCCUGGACCUCCAGGCUCGGCAGGGCUCCCCGGAAGACGUGGGCCCCCUGGGCCUAAGGGGGAGGUAGGGCCCGGAGGACCCCCAGGAAUGCCUGGCAUUCGGGGUGACCAGGGGCCUAGUGGCUUGGCUGGGAAACCUGGACUCCCAGGAGAGAGGGGGCUUCCAGGGGCCCAUGGACCCCCUGGACCAACUGGGCCCAAGGGCGAACAGGGUUUCACGGGGCGCCCCGGGGGACCAGGGGUGGCAGGAGCCCUAGGACAGAAGGGUGACUUGGGGCUCCCUGGACAGCCCGGCCUGCGGGGUCCCUCAGGAAUCCCAGGACUCCAGGGUCCAGCUGGCCCUGUCGGGCCACAGGGUCUGCCAGGCCUGAAGGGCGAACCAGGCCUUCCAGGGCCCCCUGGAGAGGGGAAAGUGGGGGAACCUGGCGUAGCUGGGCCUACAGGGCCACCUGGAGUUCCCGGUUCCCCAGGACUCACAGGUCCUCCUGGGCCUCCUGGGCCCCCUGGCCCCCCUGGCGCCCCUGGGGCCUUCGAUGAGACUGGCAUCGCCGGCCUGCACCUGCCCGACGGUGGAGUGGAAGGCGCCGUGCUGGGCAAGGGCGGCAAGCUGCAGUUCGGGCUGGGCGAGCUGUCGGCCCACGCCACUCCCGCCUUCACCGCUGUGCUCACCUCGCCCUUUCCUGCCUCCGGCAUGCCUGUAAAAUUCGACCGGACUCUCUACAACGGCCACAGUGGCUACAACCCUGCCACGGGCAUCUUCACCUGCCCCGUGGGCGGGGUCUACUACUUUGCUUACCACGUGCACGUCAAGGGCACCAAUGUGUGGGUGGCCCUGUACAAGAACAACGUGCCAGCCACCUACACCUAUGACGAGUACAAGAAAGGCUACCUGGACCAGGCGUCGGGCGGGGCUGUGCUCCAGCUGCGGCCCAACGACCAGGUCUGGGUGCAGAUGCCCUCGGACCAGGCCAACGGCCUCUACUCCACUGAGUACAUCCACUCCUCCUUUUCAGGGUUUUUGCUGUGCCCCACAUAACCCGUGGGGCGCUGCUGCCCUGGCCGCCUCCUCUUUAGUGGUAGAGAGAACUUCUCAGUUACAAAGAAUCUGCAUUUAAAGAAAAAAACCAAAGGCUGGACAGAGGUGGGAACAGAGGGGGCCUGGCCCGAAGAGACUGACUUCGCUUCUCCCUCCAUGCAGGCUGAGGCUGUUUCUGGAAGAGGCUGGCCUGAGUCCCUCCUUGCCCGACUGUCUGUGCGGUGUUGGGGUUGUGACCCCCUGGCUGCAGGCAGGGCCCCGGCACACUCAGUCCAGCUGUUGGGGGUCCCUGACUCCUGAGUCCCGGGCUCUGCUGGGUGGUGCAAGACGCUGCUUCUCUGUGAGUCAGAGCUGAAAGAGGACUGAGCUUCCCCUUCCAUCCCCUUGGGUGGUGGGGGGCACAUAUUAGCAAACCCCUCCCUCCUGCUGCCCUCAGAUGGCACCCGCUUAGGGAACGGGGCAUAGCCUCCCGGUUUGUGGCUGGGGCUCUUCCAGCCACAUGCUGGUGGGUCCCGGGAAGAGCUUCCCUCCCGGGAAAGGGAGAGGAGGGGGCCAGUGUGGACACCCUGCCAUGACAGCCGUCCCAGGCGUGCUGCUGUGGCACCAGGCACGCAGAGGUGCGUGUUCCCUUCUGCAGCCCUCCAGUGCAGCCACGGGGGAUGGGGUUUGUGCGGGCCGGGGCAGGACAGCAGGUCUUCACAGGCAUCUCAUCUCCUAGGCUGCCCCCACCAGCUCCGGCUUUGCUCAUGCAGAGGGCUGCUGCCCAGGCCCCUGGACAGGGGCACAGGCAGGGUCCACUGUCAGUGAGUGGGAGUAUUCCGCCCUUCUUCUCUUUUUGCUCCCUGGGAGGAGGGCUGACUUUCUCACACAAAAUUGUAAGGGAUCCUUGCCACCCCCAACCCAGGUGACCCCAAGCGGGCCUUUUGUUUGGCCCGCAGAACCAGGUGCGCACGAGCUUGGGGGCAGAGGCUCUGCUUGCUCUUCCUUAAUAAGAACCACAUGUACGUGUCUACUGAAGGGGUUAACUGGAGGGGCUUCCUCUCCCCCUGCCUCUGGUUCCGAUUUCCUGCUCUAAGCAGGAUUAGGGCCCGGGAGGCCAAGGCUUUGGGGGAACGGGCGCCAGUAGGCCCCUGUGGAACGAACUGGCUCUGGGUGUUUCGGCAGUUCCCCCGGUCAGAGCUCCCCUCCAAGAGACAGGCAGGACCCCCUCCCCUCUCCUCAGCCCCCAGUCCAAGCUGAGUGGGUAAAGCCAAGGUUAGUGUUGGGGCAGGGAUGGUGGGCACUCUUGCUCACGCAAGGAUGGCCACUCUCCCAGCGGCGGGGGCCUCCCCAGGCCGGCAGGCCUCCCCGGGCCAAACGCGAGCCCGGGUCAGUCAGCGUGACCUGCCGCACUGCUCCCGUUCCGCCCGGCCAGACCGUCCCUGUAGAGAAUGGAGGGUAACGGCUGACUUCUGGCCCGCUGAACAGCAGCUCCCACGGGCCCCUUGCCAGUCCUCCUCCCCACGACGUCUCCCAGCGGAGCAGGCCGACCCACUACUCAGGCUAACUUUCAAAAGGAGAAAUGAAAACCCAAAUCUGCCCAAGUGACACUUUAAGAACAGGUUUUGGUUGGGGUUCACGGGGGAUUUCUUACUCCCGAACACCUGAGAGAACUAUCUCAAACCAUACCUGGUGGGCCCUUUGCUCGGCCCCCUUCCUGGGUCAAAGCCACCGCCGUCUUGACCUGUUAGGGAGGGGCUCUGAUGGGCCGAAAUUCAUCCGCUCCCGGUGGGAACCCGGGGACUAAGGAGGGUUUAGGGGAGCCAAAAAAGCUAUUUCACAAAACUGAGUUUCUGCUCAGUCACUCCUGACGCUUUUGAGAGGGGUGGUUGGUGCUUCUGAAAUGUUAUGUUCCAGGUGUUGUCUACUUAAUUGGCCAGCUUGGUUAAGUGAUGUCAGGUUUUAACAAUGAAAACUACAUUACCUUGUG